CAAAAAGAUGUCGGAUCGGAAUGGGUAGACAUGUAGAGAACGCCAAUGAGAUCGGAAAUAAAACCGGAAAAACACGAAGUCAGAAGUUAGGCAGCAUUGCCAAAUUGCCAAUUCAAAUUCAUAUAUUCAAAUUAUGAAAAUUACUAGAAACUAGAAUAGAAACGAGUAAUUCAUGAACUUUUGUAAUAUUGUAAUCAGAGGACCAGGAGGCAUUUAAAAAAAAAUAUGUUGAAAAGAAAGCAUCUGAGAUCGAGUGUACUGUAUCUAGUUGGACCACACCACUCACCAGGUAUCAGGAUCAGCUGACGACGCUGUCGAGGCUGACGGCCGUUCACUAAAGACUUGUUUUUUUUAUCUUUGGUCAAAGUCUAAUCGGUUUAAUCAUUUACAUAGAGAAACUGAUAGGUAGGUACUCUACAAAUCCAAAUAAAGUGGAUUAAUCAGUAUGUAUUUACAUAUCAAUCAGAUUUCAAAGUGAAUGUAGGUACCUGUUUACAUUUUCCAUAAAUAAUUUUAAAUAUGGGAGAAGUAGAUGGAAAUACUGUUCUUGCUCAGGCUCUUAAAAAACAAGGCAUCGACUAUGUGUUUGGUAUUAUUGGUUACCCGGUAAUCGAACUCAGCAUGGCCUUGCAGAUGGCGGAUAUUCAUUACAUAGGCAUGAGGAAUGAACAAGCUGCUUGCUAUGCUGCACAGGCUAUGGGUUAUAUGACAGGUACACCGGGAGCUGUUUUGGUAGUUUCUGGACCUGGUUUGUUGCACACUUUCGGUGGUUUAGGUAAUGCUCAAAUCAAUUGCUGGCCAGUUCUUGUUAUCGGCGGGUCCGCUCCUCAGGACCAUGAAGGCAUUGGUGGGUUUCAGGAGUGCAAUCAGGUAGAAUUGGCCAGACCUUAUUGUAAAUACUCUGCGCGACCACCAAGCAUUCCUUUAAUACCCCAACACGUUGAGAAAGCAGUUCGCUUAACUAAAACAGGUCGCCCAGGAGCAGCUUACUUAGAUUUCCCAGCAAAUAUUUUAUCCGGUCGAGUCUCUGAAGAUAAAAUUCCAGAACAGUAUGGACCAACUGAUAUCCCAUUAAUUUACCCGGAUCCAAAACAAAUUAAACUAGCCGUAGAUUUACUGACUCAUGCGAAAAAUCCUUUAGUUAUUGUAGGUAAAGGUGCAGCUUAUUCUAGAGCUGAAAGAGAAGUGAUAGAUUUAGUAACAUCUGCCAAUCUACCAUUUUUGGCAACUCCUAUGGGAAAAGGAGUCGUACCGGAUACUUCUCCGAAGAGUGUAGCUUCUGCUAGGUCAACUGCUUUACAACAAGCCGAUGUCAUUCUCCUCUUAGGAGCGAGACUAAAUUGGAUCCUCCACUUUGGCCGACCUCCUAGGUUUUCUCCAAACGUUAAAGUUAUUCAAAUUGACAUAUCUGCCGAAGAACUUCACAACAGUAUCAAAGCGGAGGUAGCGAUCCAAAGUGACAUUAGAACUGCAGUAGGUUCGAUAGUUGACGGUCUCAAAAGACGAAGCUUCACUUUUAAUAAUGAAAACGAAUGGUGGAAACUGUUGAGGAAGAAAUGUCAAGAUAAUCAGAAAACUGUAGCGGCUAUGGCUGCAGAUAUAUCAGUACCAUUAAAUUAUUAUGCAGUUUUUAAGCAUUUAUACAAUGUACUGCCAGAAGAUUGCAUCAUUGUAAGUGAAGGUGCCAAUACCAUGGAUAUUGGUAGGUCAAUGUUGUUAAAUGAAAAACCGCGUCAUAGACUAGAUGCUGGUACUUUUGGUACGAUGGGGGUUGGUCCCGGAUUUGCAAUCGCAGCAGCAUUAUAUUGCAGGCACUUUGAACCCAACAAAAGAGUGAUAUGCGUAGAAGGAGACUCUGCUUUUGGAUUUUCCGGAAUGGAAAUAGAGACCAUGGUUAGAUAUAAACUACCCAUAAUUAUUGUAGUUGUUAAUAAUUCUGGAAUUUACACUGGCAUGAACGCUGAUGUUUUAGAAGAACUUAGAGGAAGCGUUGAUAUUGGGGAUAUAGCAAAAGUGUCACCUCCUGGAUGUUUGACCAGCGUAACUCGCUAUGAUAAAAUGUUGGGACUUUUUGGAAAAUCUGGAUAUUUCGUUAACACUGUAUCUGAACUUGAAAAAGCUGUUAAUGAUGCUCUUAAGAUUAAUGAUCAACCAACGAUAAUAAAUGUUAUAAUUGACCUCACUGCUGAUAGGAAACCACAAUCUUUCCAUUGGCUAACAGAAUCAAAAUUAUAGACAAUUUAAAAAAUGUUUAAUGCUGUGUUGGUGAAAGUUGAAUUUUUUGUUAUGUCUACUAUAUUUAAUAAAAAUUUGUUAUUUUAUUUUAGUUUUGCUAUAAAAUAUAGUCAUAGUUACACAUUUUAUUAUACACACCUUGCAUUUCUAUUAACAAAUUAAAUCAAAAUGACAUAAAUAGUACAAAAUAAAAAUAUAAACAGUGAUCCACAAAAAAACGUUUCUAAAGUAGAGGCUAUGACCAUUAAAGAAAUACGAUUCAUGUCCUCUGAUAACUUUUCUCUACUCAUAAUUAAAUCCACACUUAAAAGAAGAAUUGCACUCUUCGACAUGCGUGUAUUUUUCCAAGGUCUACUUUAAAAACAUUUUUUGAAGACCACUUCAUAUUAUAUUAUCUAUACUUAUACUACUUAUAGUAUAAAGUGAUCAACAAAAAAUGUUUAUAAAGUAAGCCGUGACCGACAAAAACAUACAUGAAUCAUCUCUGUGAUAUAAGUACGCACGGCUCUGAAUUAAAUCCAAACUGACACUUAUAAAAAAUAAGAAUUGUACUCUUCGACAUGCGUGAACUUUUUCAAGGCCUACUUUAGAAACUUUUUUACUCUAUUUUAAGUAAAUAACUUUUAGUACAGUCUAAACUUGAUAUAAUAAAUACAAUAAAAUCUUAUGAAACUCUUAAUUUUAUAAUACACUAUUACAAACUAACAUCUUGAAAAUAAACGAAUUAUGUAAAUGUACGGU